AUGUACCGACUCUCGCCCAGCACUCGCGUGCCGGGUUUCGGCACUUCGCAACCCCGCGGCAGCCGGAACGAACCCCAGCCGCGAUGUCGGACAGUUACGUCCCCGACGGCGAGCUCGCUCUACAUCGCGAUCCCGGUCCCCCACGCGCUACGAAUGGACAAGGGACGAUCCAAGGACGCGCUCGCGCUCCAAUUCGCGUCCGCGCCACCGCUCCCCGUCCCCAAUCCUCCGGCCCUGGUCCCGCUCCAGCUCGAGCUCCAGCGCCCCGGCGGCCCGGAUUAUUCGCCCCCGCGCACGUGUCCGGUCGCCGUCACCGCCGAGUCCUCCUCGGAGGAGGGACAGCGGGUAUGCCCCGAGCUACGCAGCGUCUGGCCCGCGAGGCUCAAACCCUUACAGGGCGGGAAGGCAUGGCAGGUCCGCGACGAGCCCCUUGGGCUACGGCGUUCGUUUCGAAAGGGAGAGGGAGAGGGACAGACGCCACCACGGCGACGACGACCUACGCACCGAAGACUGGCCCCUGGCGGACGAAUGGUUCGACCAGGACGACAACGCGCCCUAUUAUUCCUUUUCCCUGCCCCCGCUCUCGAGAUCCAGCUCCGUCGCCACGUCGGCAGCCGUGCCCGCCUCCCUUAUGCUGUCCCUGGCCGAGGACGACUCCGUGACGGACCGGGAUUCCAUGUCCCCCACCAAAAGUCUGGGCGCGCCGUGUCCACCUCGUAUGUGCUCGACUCGGAGUACAUUGGCAAGGGCGUUGGCAGCGACAUCCAGUCUGCGCGGCUGACGGUGAUGACGGCCCCGCAGGCUCAUGUCCAUCCCCUGUUUCGAUGGAUGCACUUUACGUCACCGACCAUGGACUUUGACGCGUUCCAGGACGAAAUCUCCCGCGUUUCCGGCCUCGUAUCCGCCGAGCGCAAGGCCCUCACGAAACUCAUGACCGAGAUCAGACAGUCCUACGUCAAACCCAUCCAAAUCUCCAACAGCAAAACUGUCCGCCACAUGGAACCCACCUUUAUCCAGGACCUCAUCCCGGCCGCCACCUCAUCCGUCAGCGCCGGCAAGGAAUCCACCGCUCGGCCCCGUCCCAUCACCUGGAUCUGCUUGCCUUACUUUAGCUUAGAAAAGUACUCGGGCCUCGAGAGCGGCGCGAGCUUCCCCGUCCAGACCCUGCUGCAGGCCCAAUUUUCCCGCGCGGACAAGAAGCGAGAUAUGCAGCAGGCCGUGGUGAGGGCGAAGCUGGCGGGUGAGGGAGAGUGCUUCCACAUAGCCCAGGUGUGGUGUGUCGUGCUCGACAACACAUUUCUCUUCACAUGCGCUCGCCAUCCGGAGACGACGCUCUUCGGCCAAACCAUCGAAAGGAUAGUCAAGCCUCUCGAUGAACUCGGGCCGGCCAUGACCAAGGAGGUGAAGAGCAGCAUGGCCUUUAUUCUCGUCCGCUUUGCGAAUGCCGUUGUCUGGAAAUUCCCCCUCGAGGAAUCCCAGACCUGGGUGGCCUUCAUUUCCCACUUCCGCGAGCUUCUCCCAACACCCCUCAUCUUCCACCAUGAAAAGACUCGUGUCACCGCCAAGGAGUGGCCCGCCCUCGUGCAACGGGCCACCAAGAUCAAGCUCGUGCUCGACCUCUCCGUAGACACGUGUCCACCCAAACAAGCGCCCUCCGGCGUCCUUCCUCCCGUACCUCACCACUACCAGCAAGAAGCGACCAAGACGGAGACCCCAUCACCGGCUCCCGCGCCCGCGACGGCAAGCGAGGAGGUCGUCGUGACCCUCCCCGACCCCAACCGACCAUUUGCCAUCUUCUCCUUCCUCGAGGGCGUCUACUCGGCCAAGACCGGCGCCCUCGACCAGCCCAACCUGGUCAAGCAGAUGACCGCCAUUUCCGACUUCCUGCACACCCAGACCGGUUUCAGCGACCGGAAAUCGUACCGGCGCUGCGCCGGCUCCUCCUACUACGAGGUGCACAAGGCCAUGGAGCUGCGCGGCGCGGCGCUCUCCAGCGCCUCGGACAACGCGGAGAAAAAGACGCAGACGGCCGAGUACGAGGAGCAGAUUGACGUGGUGAGCGCGGGGCUCGAGGUGUUUAGCGCCUUUAUGCCUCACUUGAAGGGCGUGCCGACCGCGAGCAGGUUCUGGGGUGCCAUACACCGGAUCGUCGAUCCUCCCGCCUCCGCGUCGUCCUACGAAACCCGCCCCACGAUACGGUUGCGGGAUCUCCGGGUCUACCUACGGAGAAUGAGCAUGACGCUCGCGGGGUUCAAGAACCUCUUCGUCAACGCGACCCGCAAAGACCUUGCGAGGGUCACGGUGCCUGAAGACAUGGUACUGGCGUGGAUCCACCUGCUCAUGGGCAUCAUCUACCUCCCCAACGACCCUUUCCGGGCGGAGCACUUCUUCAGCAUCGCCGAGGGACUGAUCGAGGACGGACUGGGCAAGAUGACGAUGGCUCUCUCGGACACGGCGCUGUCUGAUAAAUCGGUGAUCCUGCCAAUGGAAGUAUUUUCUCUCGUCGCACUGGGACUCAUCAGGAACAACAACCCGAGCCUGGCGAGUGUCUCGGUCACUUAUUCUCAGUACCUCUCCUUUUUGGAUUCCGAGAUGAAAUCAACACGCCCCAAUCGCGCGCACGAGCGCCGCCUCGCCAUGCUCAGACAAGAAACAACCCUCGUGCUCAAGACCCUCUCGAAGCAAGAAUACAUCUUCAACAAGCUCGAUCGGGCGAGCGAGCGGCUCCGCACCGCGCCGGCCGCAGCCCUACGAUCUGAAAUGGACCUUGCCAACGCACAACCUGCGGCACGGCCACGGUCACGGGCUCCACGGGGCGCGGGGCCCGAUGCCGUGGUUCCUGCCCUGGUCGUCCGCGCCGUCGGCGGGUUCCGGGAAUUGUUGGCGAGGGAGUGCGUGGAGCAGGCGUUGCGCUGGUCCAGGCAUGUCAGCGAGACGGUGGCGCAGGCGAUUGACCUGGAAGAAUCUCUUCGCAACCAGAUCGACGCCAACAAAGACAGGCAGGAACAAGCCAUCUUCGCCUUUACCAUCGUCACCGUCAUCUUCCUCCCCAUCAGCGCCGUGUCCAGCAUCUUCGGCAUGAACACGUCCGACGUGCGCGACAUGGAGCAGAGCCAGUGGCUGUACUGGGUCGUUGCCCUGCCCGUCACCGCUUUCGUCUUCGUCGCCGCCAUGGGCAUGACGGGUGACUUGUCGCGCCUGGCCCGGUGGUUCAUGUCGCUGGGCUCCGACAGCGAGGGGCAUCAUCAGGGGGCAUGUUGCCGGAGAAGACGGGGGCGCGGGAAGAGGAGGCUCGGCGGGAUAUAG